AUGGAAGCUGAUCGAAUUCAUCAACUACAGAAUAAAGGACUAAUUGAUUGCUACUGGAACCGUGUGGAUAAUCCUGGUACCAUAUGGAACUCAGAAAAUGUAUUAUCACAUUACCUUCCAAAUCUAGUCCUGCAAAUAUUACUCGUUGUUUCCGCAACUCGUUUAAUCUUUUGGAUCCUUAGACCCUUACAUCAACCUCAUUUUGUUGCUGAGCUUCUUGCCGGUUUCGUGCUAAAUAUAUAUGUUCCCAUACUGAAUUCCACACUGCUUGGAAUAGCACUUCCUAUAAAGGGACUCCUUGCUUUUGAGUCUAUAGCACAAUUGGGUAUCAUCUACUAUGUGUUUGUAACUGGUUUAGAGAUGAACUUAGAAACAGUAUCAAGAGCAGGAAAAAAAGCAUCAACUAUUGCUAUUGCUGGAACAUUAAUUCCAAUGAUAUUAGGGUUUGUGAUAUAUGUUUUAGUUGCAAAAACAUUCGUAAAAAACGGCGAAUUCAACACUGUUUCAGCUUAUUUCUUAUGGUCGUUAACUAUUAGUAUGACAAGUUUUCCUAUGGUGGCACACAUUCUUUCAGACCUUAAGAUUCUCUAUACAGGACUUGGUAGAGUCGCAUUAACAGCGGCUACAAUCAACGACUUUAUCAAUUGGGCAAUGUUUAUAUUUCUUAUACCGUUAAUUGUUAACGGUAUAAGAGGAAUAUUAUCGGUGAUAUCAACCAUAUUUUUCGUUCUUUUUUGUCGUUGUGUAUUAAGUCCUCCGCUCAACAAAAUAUUAAUCAAGAAAACGAAUCAAAACGAAUGGGACUUGUAUCAAUUAUCCUAUGUGAUAAUUGGUGUUUUUACAUGUGCAACUGUUACUGAAUUUCUUGGUACACAUUCUGUUGUUGGAGCAUUGGUUUUCGGGUUGAUUCUUCCGCGUGGAAAGUUUGCAGAAAUGUUGAUAGAGCAAUCGGAAGAUAUUGGAUCUGGAUACUUAGCCCCGUUGUUUUUCGCAAAUAUUGGUGUAAGAACUGAAGUGCUUCCAGUUUUAAAGGGAAACUUUAUUUUGGUUAUUUUUAUCAUGAUAGUGUUGAUUUCAACUAAGAUUUUGAGUACUAUAGUUGCUACUCGUUUCUACGGAAUGCCGAUUCGUGAUAGUAUGGCUCUUGGAAUGCUUAUGAAUACUAAAGGGGUCUUGUCAUUGAUUAUACUCAACAUUGGAUGGGAUAGAAAGGUUAUUAGCAAAGAAGCAUUUACAAUUAUGGUUUUCAGCAUAUUUUUUAUGACAGUUAUAGUGGCACCUAUUAUCAAUGCAAUGUACAGACCAAGAGUAACAUAUGAACAAAACAAGUUAAGGACAAUAGAGAAUUUGAAAAGUGACUCUGAGAUUAGAAUUAUGGCUUGUGUACACAAUGCUCGCCAAGCAAAUGGAAUGGUCAAUAUCCUUGAAGCUUGUAAUGGCGUAAAUGUUUCACAUGUACGCGUCUUUGCGCUUCAACUUGUUGAACUCAAAGGACGUGCGGCUGCACUUCUGGUUGCGCAAUUAGACCAACAACAACAAAAGGAAUCACAUAUCCUUGAUCAAUCGUCGGAGACGAAUAAUUACUCGUCCAACCAUAUUACCAAUGUUUUUGAAGAAUAUUCGUCUAAUAAUGCUAACACUGUUGUGGAAAAUCUUGUUGCUAUGUCUUCUUAUUCGACGAUUCAUAAAGACAUAUAUAAUUUAGCGUUGGAGAAACAAGCUUCGUUGAUUUUACUUCCUUUUCAUAAGCAAAGCACUGUGGAAGGUUCUUUAGAGAUAACUGAGGCAGCAGUUAAAGACAUUAACCGAAACUUGAUGCAAGACGUGCCUUGUUCGGUUGGAAUUUUCGUUGAUCGUGGCCAUCACGCUUCGUUGUUCAAGAUUAAAAUGCGUAUUACUAUGAUUUUCAUUGGUGGACCUGACGACCGAGAAGCCUUAGCGAUUGCUUGGAGAAUGUCAAAGCAUCCGUGGACACGGCUUACCGUGGUGAGGAUAUUUUUAUGUGGUAAGGCAGCCGAAGUUAAUUCGUCGGGGUAUGAUGAAGGACAAGGACUAUUAGCUGCGAUUUUAGAUUCGGGAAAGCAAAAAGAGUUGGAUGAAGGAUACCUAGGUUCGUUUCGACUUAAAGCGGUUAACAAUGAAGAUAGUAUAACUUAUGCUGAAAGAGAAGUGUAUGCAGGUGAAGAUAUUCCUGAAUUGCUUAAUGAAUUGGAUAGAGUAGGUUGUGAUUUAUACAUUUUAGGACAUGGAAAAGGAAGAACCUCUUUGGUUUUGUUGAAUUUGUUGGAAUGGGCUGAUUGUCUUGAGCUUGGUGUUAUUGGUGAUAUGUUGGCAUCAGAUAGUUUUGGUUCAAACUCUUCAAUACUUGUUGUACAACAAUAUGGAUUUGGAGGUGUAGAAUUCAAUACUAAUCAUAGUUCUCACAAAGCACAUUCAAACAAUGAUGAUCUUGAGUCAUUUUCCCAAAG